AUGGCUUCGAACUUAACGACACUUCCGCCUCCAAAUGACUUGGAAGCCACUUGGAGUUUCCUUGAAAGUGGCAUCGACCAGAUUAUGAACAGGCUUGAGCAAGGGCUUAGCUAUAAACGAUAUAUGGAUCUCUAUACUGGCAUCUACAAUUACUGUACGAGUAGUCGCAUGAAUCCGGGGUUUGCCUCGGAACCACUCGCUGGACCAGGAUCAAACAUCAACAAUAAUAGAGGUGCGAAUUUAAUGGGAAGUGAUCUUUAUGCGCGUCUCAUAAGUUACCUUGAAAGGCAUCUAACGCAGAUUCGUGCGGAAUCAGAACAGUACAUGGAUGAGAAUCUAUUACGCUACUAUACUAAACAAUGGGAAAAGUAUACCACUGCAUCUUCAUAUGUUCACCACGUUUUCCGUUAUCUCAAUCGUCAUUGGGUAAAAAGGGAAAUCGAUGAAGGACGCAAAACAGUAUAUGAUGUCUACACACUCACAUUGGUUAGCUGGCGAGAUAAUAUGUUCUCAUCUGUACAACAUAAUGUGAUGGAUGCUGUAAAGAUGCUCAUUCAACGUCAAAGAAAUGGGGAGACUGUCGAAACAGGUCUUAUAAAACUUGUUGUCGAGUCAUUUGUUUCACUUGGUCUCGAUGACGCGGAUUCUAGUAAAUCCACGCUGGAUGUCUAUCGAGAUCACUUUGAGAAACCGUUUGUUGAAGCCACACAAAACUACUAUAAAACCGAAUCCGAAAAAUUUGUUAGUGAAAAUAGUGUGACAGAAUAUAUGAAAAAGGCUGAAGCGCGAUUAAUUGAAGAAGAGGGUCGUGUGCAAGCCUAUCUUCAUCCGAGUACAUACAAAAACUUGAUUACGACAUGUGAAACUGUUUUGGUGAAAGAUCAUACAGAUAUUAUGUGGGAAGAGUUUCAGCAUUUAUUGAAUAUGGACAAGUUAGAGGAUUUACAUCGCAUGUACUUGCUUCUAUCUCGAAUUCCGGAUGGAUUGAAUCCACUUCGAGAACGAUUUGAAGAACACGUACGAAAAGCGGGUCAUAGCUCAAUCGAAAAGAUCGCUGCAGAAGAUGCACUUUUGGAAGUGCACAAGAAAUAUAAUGAUAUGGUGCAGAAUGCGUUCCGAGGAGAAGCCGGUUUCGUCGCUUCAUUAGAUAAGGCAUGUCGUGAAUUUGUCAAUCGAAAUGAAGUAUGUAAAUCGUCGACUUCAAAAUCUCCGGAAUUGCUUGCACGUUUUUGCGACUCAUUACUACGAAAAAGUGCGAAAAAUCCAGAAGAAGGCGACCUGGAAGAUGUUCUAAAUAGCAUCAUGACCGUGUUUAAAUAUGUCGAGGAUAAAGAUGUGUUUCAGAAAUUUUAUUCUAAAAUGUUGGCUAAACGUUUGGUGAAUGGUACAUCGGCAUCGGAAGACGCAGAGUCAAGCAUGAUUUCGAAAUUAAAGGAAGCUUGUGGUUUCGAAUAUACGUCGAAAUUACAACGUAUGUUUACUGAUAUGGGAUUAAGCAAAGAUCUUAAUGACAAUUUCAGAGAUCGUGACAAUGAGCAGUCGCACGUCGACUUCUCAGUCCUCGUUUUGGGUACCGCAUCUUGGCCUCUUCAACCAUCGACCACAAACUUUAUCAUUCCCGAAGAAGUAGAAAAGACAUUUCAGCGAUUCAAAAUGUUUUAUCAAAAUAAACAUUCUGGUCGAAAGUUAAAUUGGUUAUUCCACUUAUCGAAAGGUGAACUGAAAACGAAUUACUUAAAAGCCUCAAAAGCAGGUUACACAUUUCAGGUAUCCACAUAUCAAAUGGGUAUCCUCUUACAAUACAACAAAGACACAUCAUACACAUUUGAGUAUCUAAGUCAAAGUACCGACUUGACUCCUGAUGUGCUGAUUGGACAACUUGGUACUUUAGUGAAGGCUAAAGUAUUACUAAUGGAAGGUGAUAAUGUUGGCGAUACAGGUUCACGAUACACACUUAACAUGGAUUUCAAGAGCAAAAAAGUCCGUGUGUUACUGAAUGUCCCGGUUAAAUCGGAACAGAAAGUUGAAGUAGAGGAGACUCAUAAGACUGUCGAGGAAGACAGAAAAUUGCUCAUGCAGGCUGCUAUUGUCCGUAUCAUGAAGACGCGCAAGACUUUGAAACAUGUGACAUUGGUACAAGAAGUUAUAUCACAGUUGUCCAACAGAUUCAAGCCAAAGGUUCCAGAUAUCAAAAAAUGCAUUGACGUCUUAUUGGAAAAAGAGUAUAUAGAGCGUGUUGAUGGGCAGAAAGACAUGUUUUCUUAUGUGGCUUAG